AUGAGAGAUAGAAAUUAUGGUGAUGAAGUUCAAAUAUUCAUGAAAGUUAACGGUGGAGAAUUCACAAACAUCAUCAAUUAUACAUCUCGAGGAACAUUUGAAGACAUUCCAUAUGAUUUUGAAUAUGCGCAUGUCAAUAGUAAAUAUGAUCUAGUAUUCAAAGCGAUCGAUAACACAGAUUCGGCAUCUCCUGAAGUGAGUAUUAGUUUUGAGGUAAAGCAAACACCAGUUACAAUUGUUACCAAUACUCUCGAAGAAAUGUAUGUACCAGGAACAAAAGUCAACAUCACUUGUUUUGCUGGUGAUUUCAAUCCUGGAAGCAUCAUUCAAUUUUAUUACAGAAUUAAUGGUGCAAAUACAGUUUAUUUUCAUGAUACUUUUGAAAUAUCAGAAGAUUUCAGAACUGCAGAAUAUACAUUUACAAUCAAAUUACCAGAUUAUGCAAAUAGAAAUACAAUUUAUGUUUAUUCGAAAGAUCAAAAUAAUAAAGCAACUCAUUACGCAGCUGUUUACACAACAACAAAUAGAGAUCCAAAGAUCAUUAGUAUUAAUGAAUUGAAACCAGAAUAUACAAGCAAUGAAUAUAUCGAUAUUGAUGGAAUCUUUGAUGAUAGUCGUGUAAAAUUAUAUUAUCAAUAUGAUAAGCGAGCGGUUCAAUAUCUUAGGGACUGGAUUGAUUGUACAGGGGCAGAUCUGCAGAUUCACAAACAGAUUCCAGUACCAAAAGAAAGUUUUAGAGGCGGUGAGCACACUGUAACUAUAUAUUUGAUUGAUCAGUAUGAUAUCAAGUCAAACGAUGUUUCAUUUAGAUUUAUUUACAAUGAUAGACAUGCACCAGAGCUCGGUGUCAAACUAUUAAGUGGUUCAAAAUCAUAUGGCUUUUAUGAUACAAUCAAGUUUAACUGCAGUGUUAUUGAUCCAGAUGUCGGAAACACAAUUACACUUCGUGUUAAAAUCAACAAUAGUGAUGAACAAACAAUUUAUGAUUAUACAUCAGAUGGCGAAACAUCUCAUUAUUUAUAUGAUUUUGCAGUUCCAAAUGUCAAUGGUGUUGUUAAUUUUGUAUUCAGAGCAGAAGAUAACUUUGGUUCAUUUUCAAAUGAGCAAUCAUUCGAUAUUAAAGUGAAACAGACUCCAAGUGUUAUCAUCACAAGUGGUAUCUCUAGUUACUACAAUGGUGGCGAAGAAGUUGAAAUCAGUGGAUUUGUUGUUGAUUACGAUCCAGGACAGGAAGUUCAAGUAUUAUACAGUAUCAGUAGAGGAAACUCAGUUUUCGCAACACCUCUCAUGAUAAUGAAUGAUAACUAUGUAACAAAUCAAUUCGAGUUCGUCAUCAGUCUUCCAACAAAAGUUGGAACACACUCUGUCACAUUCUGGGCAGAGAAUAGUAAUGGUAUCAAGAGUGAGUACUCUCGACAGUUCUUCACAGUGAAUGUCAAUCCGAAGAUCAUUACAUGGAACGAAAUUCGUCCAACAUAUGCAAAGAACGGAUUUAUAGAUUUUGACUCAGUGAUCUUUGAUGAUUCUACAUCAAUGAUACAUUACUACUUCGACACGAUGUCUAUUAACUCAAUUAAUGAGUGA